CCGGGAAAGAACGAACUUGCGAAAACUAAUAAAUGGCAAUUAAGCUCGGUGAUACGCCCCUGGCUGUCAGGGAAGCUAUUGGAUUUGAUGAUGCGCAAUGGCAUCGCUUCUAUUGGCUUACGAAAGAAGAAGCACAGAAAUUGCUUCGCGAUCACCCUAAGUGGGCAACUUACGAAGACGUUUCAACGUCAGAGUGCGCUGGUCUUCUAGCUCGCAUAAAUGAGACGCUCGCCAAAGACCACAUCCCAACAAUUACUGAGGACGUUCUCCGUUGGCGAAUGACAAGAGUAAUACGCGAGAGAAGAAGAAGUCAAGCUGCAGGGGGGAUUACCGGUUCGGCGCAAAGCCAGCCUUCUGUUGGGGGGACUCAGCCAUAUGAUCCAGUGAGGGACGUCUAGCAAGGACGGCAUGGCUGGCCAACGACGCAUUCGACACAGCCGCGGUGGCGUGAGGUCCCCGCUUAACCCGCAUAUUCUGCUCGACCUUCGUAGUGUCAGCUUCGACGGUAACGGUGGCUCUAGCCUGUCACCCGCUUUCGUCGCUACCUUUUACUAGCCAUUCGACUCAACAAAAGGGGACGAGUAGUCUAGGAGGGACAUAGAGUCCAAUCGUUAUUCCAAAGCGCGGCAAGCUCUUGCACCAAG